CUCUUGGUCUGUUCGUACCACGUGACUUGGCACGGAAUAGCAAUACUCGCACCACCUUCUUUCGGUGGCGAGUGGCAGUUAGGCGCGCCUGCGCAAAAAGGUCUCUGUGCUGUGGUACGAUCGCGGUUGCCGGACGAGCGUCUCUAUAUGGGGAAAAGAAGAUGGCUCCCUUCCCUGAGGAGGUGGAUGUUUUCACGGCCCCGCACUGGAGGAUGAAACAACUUGUCGGGCUGUAUUGCGACAAGCUAUCCAAGACCAACUUCUCCAACAACAACGAUUUCCGGGCUCUUCUGCAAUCCCUAUAUGCCACUUUUAAGGAAUUUAAAAUGCAUGAGCAGAUUGAGAAUGAGUACAUCAUUGGUUUACUUCAGCAGCGCAGCAGGACUAUAUAUAAUGUACACUCGGACAACAAGUUGUCAGAAAUGCUAAGCCUCUUUGAGAAAGGGUUAAAAAACGUGAAGAAUGAAUGUGAACAGCUAAACUAUGCGAAACAGUUAAAGGAGAGGCUGGAAGCUUUCACCAGGGAUUUCCUUCCUCACAUGAAAGAAGAGGAGGAGGUUUUCCAGCCAAUGUUGAUGGAAUAUUUUACUUACGAAGAAUUAAAAGACAUAAAAAAGAAAGUAAUUGCACAACACCGCUCACAGAAGGAAACUUCAACAGAAAUACGUAGAGGUGGUAGUCUGUGGAAUCAAGCUGAAGAGCUCCAAAAAGCUUUCAAGUAUUCUGUGGAUGAAAAAACAGAUCAAGAAACAGAAGAAACAGAGCAUGCCAGUAGUAUUAUUAAUCUUCCUUCUGAGCUUAUCCUGACCAUUUUUAGUUACCUUAGCCCUCAAGAGCUGUGUCGAUGUAGUCAAGUAAACACCAAAUGGUCUCAACUAGCUAAAACUGGAUUUCUCUGGAAACAUCUUUAUCCUGUGCGCUGGGCCAGAGGAGACUGGUCCAGUGGCCCACCAGGUGAACUUGAUACAGACCCUGAUGAGGAAUGGGUAGAAAACAGAAAAGAUGAAAGUCGUGCCUUUCAGGAAUGGGAUGAAGAUGCUGAUAUAGAUGAGUCUGAAGAAAAUGCAGAAGAAUCCUUGGCUAUCAGCAUUGUUCAGAAAGAGAAACACUUACUCCAAGGUUUAAUUCAUAAUGUUCUGCCAUGUGUAGGCAAUUCAGUGAAAACUAUUGUGUUGGCAUACAGUUCAGCCAUAUCUAACAAAAUGGUGAGACAGAUCUUAGAACUAUGUCCUAACCUGGAGUAUCUUGAUCUCACACAAACUGAUAUUUCGGACUCUGCAUUUGACAGUUGGUCUUGGGUUGGUUGCUGCCAGAAUCUCCGACAUCUUGAUCUUUCUGGAUGUGAGAAAAUCACAGAUGUGGCUGUAAGGAAGAUUUCCAGAGCCUUGGGAAUUCUGUUGUCCUUUGAAGCAGGAUCUCAGAAAAUCUGUCAAAACAGGAGUGGAAAAACAGUGUGGAGAAACAACGAUGUUACCUUGCAGGCUAACAAAAAGGACUGCGGCUUGCAUGAUACCACAAAUGAGUUUGUGAUAAAGGGAGAAGGAACUGAAAGCCAUUGGAAAGCACCCAUUGGAUCAGAGAGUUUUAACUCUACCUAUAUUUGGAUGUUAGAUGCAGAAGACCUAGCAGAUAUUGAAGAUGCUGCAGAGUGGAAACACAGGAAUACGGAGGGAGUUUGUAUGGUAGAGCAAGCAUCCAGUUUCGCUUGUUCUGCAUCAUGCUGCAGCAAAGACAUUUUUGGGUUAAGGACUAGUAUAUGCUGGCAGCAGCAUUGUGCUUCUGCUGCUUUGACCUACUGUGGCCACUCGUUCUGUUGUGCUGGAACAGCAUUAAGAACUAUUCAGGCAUUUGCAGGAUCUAAAUGUGCACCAAGGACUAUUAAACUGUCAGAGACAAAAGGCUUGGCACACACCAGGAGUAUAAAAUCAGAACAAGAGACUGCACGAGUUCUUCAGUUUCUGAGUCUAUCAGGAUGUUAUCAGAUAACAGACAGUGGUCUCAGGAUGUUGACUCUGGGAGGUGGGCUUCCUCGUCUAGAACAUCUCAAUCUGUCUGGAUGCUUGACUGUAACAGGUGAAGGCCUGCAAGAGUUGGUCUCAGUGUGCCCUUCUCUAAAUCACGAACACUUUUACUACUGUGACAACAUUAACGGUCCUCAUGCUGAAACAGCCAGUGGAUGCCAGAACUUACAGUGUGGUUUCCGAGCCUGCUGCCGCUCUGGUGAAUGAUUUGAGUUGUUACCUUUACUUCAUUUCAUUCAGCAGGCUUCUUCUCAUGCACUUUACUUACAGUCUGCAUCUUGUGCUAACAGUUCCUCUUUGGAGUAUAAUGAGUAGGUCUUUUUUGCUCCAUGAUUCAGAAUCCUCUAAACUAUCUAGUGUCAUAUCAUUUCCACAGUGUUUCACUCUGAUUUCGAAGGUGAGGAGUUUAAUUGUUUGUGCUGGGGAAAACAUGUCAGAUUGUGUUGAUGCUUCUCCCUUUAUUGUUUCAAACUUAAUUUGUACCCCAUAAUAUUAUUUUUAAGGCUCAGAUGUAUUCAACUUUAUGGUGAAUACAUUUGAAUAACAAUAUAUAUUGCUCAGUAGUAAUUUCUCCCAUAAUGUUUUGUCGCCUAUUUUUUAUCACUGACUACAAUUUUAGCUUUGAAAAACAGUAUAUGAAACAUUCCCAUCAGCAUCAGUUUCAUAGUCUGAUAUGUUAACACAACAGAGCCAAUUAUUGUUCUCCACAUAAUCUUGUGAGCCUCAGAAAGUAUAUGCUUAACUGUAGUUGCAUAGCAACCAUAUUCCCCUGUAUCUUCUAUAUAGACCCACUAAUGAUGUUGAAUUCUCUGCCAUGAGAGCAGCUGUAAUAAACAAACAAAUAAAUGCAGCUUUAAGGA